AUGUUCACGAUGUGGCCGCAAGAAGUGCGGGGCGAUCUGCGAGCAGGCAUCAAGGCGAAGAACCAAGGCGACUUCAUCCUAAGCGAGAGAUACCUCCGCCGAGCAUACGACACGGCCCUCGGUCUCCCGUUCGAAACCUUCUCGCCCUCCGCCCACCUCAAGCUCUCCGGGAUCGCCAUCGCGCUCGCCUCCACACUCGAGGCCGCCGAGCGGCCGGAGCCCGCUUACGAAGUGUACUCCGACGCGCUCUCGCGGCUGCGCGCGGCCAACGCGGCUGCACCGCUGAGCGGGCCCGAGCGCAUGCGCGCCGUCGCGCUCGCGUCGAAGCUCGGCGAGAUGGCGGAGACGUACCAGCUGCCCGUCGCGGAGGAGGAGCGCUGGCUGACGUACGCCGUCGAGGAGCUCCUCCGCGUCGUCCGCGACGAGGCUGGGAAGGGAAAGAUCGUCGUCGAGGGCGAGAAGCAGGAGCGGGAUGUUAUGCCGAUUAUGCUGGUAGAGCUCGAGCUGCCGCCGUGGGUGACCAAGACGGAUGUGGGUGCGCCGUUGGAGGCCCUUGGACGGUUCUAUGCGAGGGAGGGGAAUGUCGAGUGCGUGCAGUCGGCUAUAAGCUUGCUCGUCCCGCCGCCCUCAAGUAAGAAGACGGCGACGGCUGAGGAACGAUGCAGAGGCGCACAGCUCAUGAACAAUAUCUCGGAACUGAGCAUCCGGGGCAAGCAGACGGAUGAGAAGCGGGCGCAAGCUAUCGCAUGGGCGCAGCAAGGGCUCGCGACCAUCGAGCGCACAAAAGAAUCCGGAGGCAGCCCUGAAGACCUCUGGCUUUGCGAACAGACGCUUGCGGCAGUGCUGUUCAACCUCGGAUCGCUUCAUGAGAUGGGUGGCGACGUCGAUCAGUCCAGACAACUGUUCAAGCAGAGUCUUGACCAGGCACGGAGCAUCAAAAUGCGCGAGGGCGUCAUGGAAGCACAGGCAGCACUCCGACGACUCGACCGCACCUCAAGCCGCGUCACCCCCGCCAACUCAUUAUCGACGGAGAAUAGUUGAGCAUAGAGAGAACUAAUCGGAUUAUAAUAGCUUAAUCGUCCCAGAGAGAAGAAUGCCUAGCCAAUAGAUACAGCAACCCCCGCAUCAUCGACACUACUCAGCAUGAAGCCUAAUCGUCCUCGGGGACAUCCUCGACCCGUGCGGUUCGGCUUGCUGGGCGCGAGGAGCCCGAGUCGCCGACCUCCUCG